UCAAUCCUUCCAAAAAUGAAGUUGUUGCCGAACGAAAUUUGAUUCGUCCAUAAUACGUAAAGAUGCCAUCGACAGACCGUUACAGUAGUCCUACCAAUACCAAUCAACCAACAAUUACUCGGACUGUAACUAAGAGCGUGGUUCCUGUUGGAUCUACAGAUCUUGUGGAUCCUGAUGUUGUUUUUACGAAGAAACAUGAGGAAUGGACUACGAGUAAACGAAUAGUGAAUCACAAGACGAAACAGGUGGAAACUCGCGUGCAGAGGCAGCUUGUUUUGGAAGAUGGACGCGUGGUGGCGGAUUCUGGCCCUCAAGUCACGACAAAGACGAAAGAAGAUACUCGCGUGGAAGAGUCUGAAAACACAGAACACAAGACAACGGGAGAUGAUGCCCCAGGUGAUGGAUACGUGAUGAUUCCUGGUUCAGCGAAGGUGAUAAGGGAGAAGACGGAGAGCAACCAGACUAUGACAGAGACCAGAGAAGAGAACAAGCAAAUGCACGACGAACACAUCCGAGAUCUGUCGGGGGAGGAGAUCCAUCAACGCACAAUAAUUUCUCCUGAUGACCCAAGCUUUGGAAAUUCCAUUGGGGAAUUUCCCGGAAAAUUGACCCACUUCUCCAGUCGGUCUCAGAAGAUUGUGGACAAAGACGAGGUGAAGGAAAUAUCGGAAUUGAAAGAUGGUGAAGUCACCACCGAAACCACUCGGACUCACCACCAUGAGGAGGCUUACGACGAUGAAGUACCAGAAGAAGAAGCAGAGGAAGGAAUGGUUCCCGAACGAUCUGCAGAAACGUCCAGGACUAUCCAGUACUACACUGACCCUCAGGAAUUCCAGAACGUGUCCGAUCGUUUGGAGGAAGAGUCUCGUCGAUCCCGGAUCCAGAACCACCGUCAAAAUGGCACAAGUGAGCUGCCGGCAGUCACACAUCGGUGGGUGGAUGAUCACUUUGGAGCACAGAAGGAAAUAGGAAAUGAUGUGAGGGGAGAGAGCACGAGAACACGAUCUGGAGGAAAUCGCAUUACCAUCGAAAUGUCCCCCCACAGGUCCAGCCCAAGUGAACUUUCUCCCAGAAGUACGUUAAACAAGCAUGACCGGUCCAGAGAUUCCACACUAAGAAACAAAGCCUCUUCUUCGGCAUACCGAGUGGAAUACAGCCCUUCGCCCCCGUAUCCACCCAGCACACCAGUUCAUAGGUCUACUGCUUCACCUUUCGAAGUAUCAUCCAGCUCAGGAUCUUCCAGGUCUAAAACACCAGUGAAGACUUUCUACCUUGGAGAGGACAACACUUACCAGAGGGACCACAUCAACAGCUGGAAGAAGAAAAGCAACCAUUCCUUAGCAGAUGCUGUGAGUUCCUCGCUUUCCAUAGGGGAUACUAAUUCUCUGGGACGAUCCAACUUGUCUGGUCAUUAUGGGGAACGGAGCGAUUCUUUCUGCAGAGUUCCAAGAAGUAAAGUGAACGAACCGUUGCGUUACGAAGCUUUCAACAACGGCCCAAUUUACAGCAAAGUAUCUCGCGUCAGAACCGAUAAAAAUGUUCAGGUGUCAAUGUCCGAUGAUGAAGACGAUUCUACGCUGAAGAGACGAAAUGGUCGGGAUCAUUCUGUCAGUCCCAACCGCUUUAAUGGUAACAGGAGUCACAUUACUUUACCAAGAACCGUAAAAAUUUCGCACGAACCAGCGAAACCUUCUUAUUCGACGAACUCCCUUUCUCAUUCCAAAUAUUACAAGUCUUCGGAUUCGUUGCACUCUCCAGGUUACAGCAGUUAUUAUUCUUCCAAUGAUUAUGGAACUUCUUUCCGGAAUGCGUCUUCGCCAAUAUAUAACAACUCUUCAUUCCAUCGAGAUGCCCGCAACAGUGACAUCUAUCGCAAGAGUGAUUGGAAUAGCUCUAAUUACAAUGACACUUAUUCCAAGAACCGUGUCCACGAAGUCAAGAUCAACAGAGCCAGUAGCCAAGAUCACCUUGCUAACGGACGGAGCACGAAGACCAAAUCUCCUGCCUCAACGAAUUGGUACAACUCAUCGUCUUCGCUCAAGACAAGAAAGAUUCCCACAUCUCCUCCAGAGUCAGGGUACCAAUCUCCUUUUCCACCAACUCCACCGUCCAGUCCACCACCAAGGGUCAUAAAAGUCUUAAAUUCUGACCACUAUGGAAGCUCUUCCUCAAUGUCUCCUCCAGAUUCCCCAAUCCACGCGACCACUUCCUCAAUACGUAAAAAAUCUGCUUACCCAUCUGGUAGCGCGUCCAGAUCCAAGUCCUCUGGCGACUUGCGCACGUCACAGCUUUUUGCUCCAGAGUCAUUCAGUCCUUUGGCUAGUCCCUUAAAAUUGAAGACUGUGGGAGAAAAGAAAGAUCAGAAAGAUCGCCAGAAGUACUACCGAGUCAAACCUGGUCAAGACGGACAAUCAGUGGUGGUGCAAGUACGUGAUUGGAACGGACGUUGAACUUCAGAGAAACAGUUGCAAGUUCAAAUUAUUCUCUUUUUUAUUAUAUCUGCUAAAAGAUAUCAUUUUGCUUAAGUCUGUGUACUUUUUGAACUACUUUUGCUCAUACAGAUGCGU